UGAACCUGUGCCUGGCACGUCCUGCAGUAUACUGGUCGCUCACUGGUUGAGGAUCUGGAUUAUUGAUUAAAAGGUUGGGGUUCAAGCACCAACACUGUCAAGCUGCCACAGUUGGAGCCUUUUUUAAGGUGGCAGCACGUACAGAAAGCGGUGUUCGGAGGCGAGCGCACGCUAUGUCACACUCUACUGGCAAGCGAAAAAGUCGCUUCUCCUCGCUUUGGGGACUCGAGACGAAUUCAAAGAAGAAACUACACACGCAUACACACCCCAGCAUUGAACAGGUGUUUGCAGAGGGGGAGGAGCCAAUGAAGAGGGAUCUGGAAGGGAUGACAGAGGAAACCUCAAGGGGAAAUAAAGACGAGCAGGUGUGUGUGGCAGGCAUUGUGAAGGACCGCCUCACACCCUCCUGGGUAUGUUUACCCGAUGGACGUCCCAUUCUCACCGUAAUACGGCCCGGCGAGUCAGCGCUUGACACCCUCGAGACCAUCUGCAAGGCUCAUGAUUUGGACUCAACCAAGCAUUACCUGCGUUUAAAGUUCCUGAUUGAGACGCAGGUGCAGUUCUACAUCCCCAAGCCGGAGGAGGACGUGUAUGACCUGCUCUACAAGGAAAUCGAGCUCUUCUCCAAGAUCAGGAAAGUCAUUCAGUUUGACAGGGACGAGUCUUGCAUGAUCGGCUAUGGUUUCUCGAUCUCGAUGGUGGAGGACGACAGCGUGCAGCAGCUCUACAUUACGGACGUAAAAGCCGGAGGAUUAGCAUUUGCCAAAGGUUUGAACGCGGGGGAUGAAAUCCUGCAGCUGAAUGGCAAAAACUCCAGCACGCUGACGUUUUCUGAUAUGAAAACCGCGUUCUCUCAUGCGUCACUCUCACUCACUGUGAACACGCUGCCUCCGGUGGAUCGAAGACAACAUUGUUUUUUACCCCUGAGGCGCUCUGAUGCUGUCCAGCAACUCUACACAGACAUCUUCUCCCAGAACCAGGAGGACAUUCUGGAUGAUGGAGUUGGACUGAUCUCAGAGACUUCAGGGGACAGCCUGGAUGAUGACACCGAACUCUUUAGCGAGUACAGGGAAUACGAAAAGAGCACAGAGCAGGUCGCUGCAUUUUGCCGGAGUCUUCACGAGAUGAAACCUUCCCCAGAAGCUGCUUCAUCGCCGUCCUCUUCCUCGCUUCCUCGUCAGCUCUCGGAUGCUGAUAAACUCCGCAAGGUCAUCUGUGAACUAGUGGAGACCGAACGCACCUACGUUAAGGAUUUGAAUUGUCUUAUUGGGAGAUACUUGACUCCUCUACAGAAGGAGAGCUUCCUCACCCAGGAUGAGCUGGAUGUGUUGUUCGGGAACCUUCAAGAGAUGCUGGAGUUUCAGGUGGAGUUUUUGCGAACGCUGGAGGACGGAACGCGUCUUGUCCCGGACCUCGAGAAACUUGAACGAGUCGAUCAGUUCAAGAAAGUUCUUUUCUCUCUCGGUGGCUCGUUCCUUUAUUACGCCGACCGUUUUAAAAUCUACAGCGCCUUCUGUGCGAGUCACACCAAAGUCCCCAAAGUCUUGGUGAAAGCAAAGACAGACCCAGACUUCAAGGCGUUCCUGAAUGAGAGGAACCCUAAGCAGCAACACUCAUCCACGCUCGAGUCGUAUCUGAUUAAACCCAUCCAGAGAGUGCUAAAAUACCCGCUGCUGCUGCGUGAGCUAUACACACUCACUGACCCCGAAAGCGAGGAGCACUACCACCUGGAUGUGGCAGUGAAGGCCAUGAAUAAAGUUGCCAGCCAUAUUAACGAGAUGCAGAAGCUCCACGAGGAAUUUGGUGCCGUGUUCGACCAGCUCAUCUCAGAACAGACCGGCAACAAGAAAGAGGUAGCUGAUCUUUCGAUGGGAGAUCUCUUGCUCCACACCACACUGCUCUGGCUCAAUCCUCCAUCCUCGCUGGGAAAAUGGAAGAAGGAGCCUCAACUCGCCACCUUCGUGUUUAAAACAGCCAUUGUUUUUGUCUGCAAAGACGGCUCCAAACAAAAGAAGAAAAUGGGGGGAUCACAGCGGGCAUCGGUGUCAGGCGAAGAUAGAGAUCCGUUCCGUUUCCGUCAUAUGAUCUCCACUGAUGCCCUUCAAGUUCGAACCCUGACUGGUGCAGAUGGUGACAGUGCUGCAGUGUGCGAGAUCAUCCACGUGAAAUCUGAGUCGGAAGGAAGGCCCGAGAGAGUGUUCCACCUGUGCUGCAGUUCUCCCGAAAGCAAGAAGGACUUCCUGAAGACUGUGCACUCCAUUUUAAGAGACAAACAGAGACGGCAGCUGCUGAAGACAGAGAGUCUCCCCCCCAGCCAGCAGUACGUGCCAUUUGGAGGGAAGCGUCUAUGCGCUCUGAAAGGAGCUAGGCCCACUAUGAACCGAGCAGCUUCUGCUCCAACGCGUACUUUGGGUCGGCGCAAGUUAGUGCGAAACCGCUUCACCAUAGACACGGACAUCGUGUUUGACACUGACGCCGAUUCACCAGACUCGCAGACCUCCCUGCAGCCAGGCGACACAGACCGCUGGGUGGAGGAGCAGUUUGAUUUGCAGCGCUAUGAGGAACAAGAGCAAGCAAAAGAGACUAAUGUACUGAGCGAUGCCGAUGGGGAUGGCGACGAUGAAGACAUAAGCCAGGAGCUCGAAGGACCAGUGUCGACCAUGUCCCUGGAGGACGAUGAAGAGGAAACUAAGACUGAAAGCAAAGACUGCAAAACUCAGCAUGCUUUGAAGCUGUCCCAUCUGGGGAAGCAGUGUGCCAUGUCCGUGGCCAGCGUAGACGAGCAGUCGGUUGUUGCCGAUGAGGAUGUGUGGGUGCGACGGGAGAUGAGCAGCACUGACAUCGAUACACAGAAUGAGUCACAGAGCUGAAGACUAGCCAGACAACAUUUGAGAAUUACAUGACAAUAGAGUUUAGCUGUAACACCAUACAGUCAUAGAGAGCUUGCACAGGGGUUGUUAAGUGGCAUUCAAACACAAAAAAAGAUCCUGAUAUGUUACUAUAAAGGAGUUACAAUACUUUAUACAUUGGGUAAGUGCAAGUCCCUAUUAAGCGGCACAGACUUGUUCUGCAAUUGCACACUUAUGUUAUUCUUUCUAGGAUAAAGUCAAUGAGCGGCAGAUGGAAACCAGGGCCACAGUGAUGCUCUCCAGCACUACAAAUAUAGAUGAUAUAUCUAAUUCCAAACUUUUAACUAGCACUUUGGAGAUCAUGUUACCAAGAUAUUUCAGGCAUCUUCUUUAAAAAAAGGUUUUAAACAGUAGGUGAAAUUAUUUACCUUGAAUAUAUCCCAGCUGGAACACAAAUAUCUAGCCAACAUUUGGAAAAUCUACAGUCUUAAUCACUGAGGAUAGUGUGUGACAUUGGUCAGCUAAUACCAUGUUUUUGCAACUUUCCAAUGGAGGUAUGAAUGCAUGGCACCAACAUCGGGUCUAUGUCAACCUUGCUUCCAAGGUUCCUUUGUUGGGUUCCACGACCCUAAAAGAUCAUUAGUUAAUGCGUAAUGGCAAUUUUGAAUCAGAUACUGGAUUGAGAUCUUCAGUUCAUACAGCAGAUCUCUACAUUGAUACAUUUGUUAACUAAAGGUUAACGACUGAAUGGAGAACCAGAGAUCCAGACAGAGUAUUCCUAUUUGCUUGCUUUCUUGCGAAGGAUGAGGAGCAAAAUCACCAGUGUGACGGUGUCCUCAAGUUGUUCAGGCAAUCAAAUGCCAAUGCAGGUUGCCUUGUGGACCAGAUGAAACUAGCUUACAAGAGUAAGCUUGGUUCUACAACUGACUCGGUUUCCUUUGCGUCUAACCUCAAAAGCUAUCAAAAGAUCAAAUAAAGGAUUGUUAUAUUCAGCAUCUUAAAACUCCUUCAGAAGAUGAGGAGGGAAAGUGGUUGAGCUUGACAAAUUGGAGAUAAGCUGAGGUCACAGUCACAAGAUCAUGACUUUGCUUAUAAACAAAUAGAAAAAUACUCUACCUGCGUUUGCUGCUUUGGUAGUCCUUUCAGUUUUCCACCUUAGACAACCUUCCGUUCUACUUCCUUGCAUCACAGAGUGCCAAGUCUAUGUUCAGGAACUUAUCUCAAAAUCGUAAUCUUUUUAAUGUUGAAGUUCUACAAGAUUAGCAAAGAUCAAUUGAUGUCAGCACAUUAAAUCCACUUUUUUAUCUUGUUGUCAAGAAGGGGAAAUUAGACAAGUGAGAUGUCAUGUGGAAGAUUAAAAGGAAAAUGUUAAGGAAACAUAAAAACUGGACUAGUUGAGAAAAAACGAAAGGCAGUACAACCAAGUUCUUUUGUGUUUUGACACUAUAGGGGGGCGAAUAGAGUACACUAGAGGAAGGUGGUGUUGUGAUGUCUUCCUAAUUAGCCUAAGAGACUUCUCACCAGACUCAGAAAGAACCAUUUAUGAGUUGAGAGAUAUAGUUAUUAUGAACCUCAAGAAUGUUGUACCAGAAUAUCUAGGUCCUCAGAAAUAUGGUGGCAUUUAGAAUUUUCAUUGUUGAGAAAAGUAUAUCCUAAAGGAUAUUCUGAUGUACAUGACCUCCGAGGCAGUUUUUCCAUAGGAUUUCAGAUAAACAAAAUACUGACUCAGCUUAAUGUUAAGUGAUGUACAGAAAUGCUACAAUUACACAAUCAUAUUUCACAGAAUGCUGUGAUAACACACUCACACACAAUAUUUAUUUAAUUAUUCAUUUUGCACAAUAGCUACACAAGUCAGACUGCCAAACCAUGCCCACGUCCCAGUUGCUCUUCUUUAUAUAUUAAAUUAUUUUAUUAUUUUUUGCCAUUUCAUCUGAAGCACCUGUUGUUGUUUUUUUAUUAUUAUUUAUCGGGUCAAUCUAAAGUAUACUCAUUAUUAGCCUUCAAAAUAUUCUUUUAAUUCCAAGAACAUGUACAGACCUGUUUUAAUAAGGGCAGUGUGUUUUUUAAUUUGCAUUUUUCAUGUACAUGUUCAGGUUUGAAACAUAUUGUAAAAAUUUACAUUUACAUUACAUAAGUACACAUAAACAUUGUAUGGUAAAGGAAAGGUAAAAUUGUGUUUCAUGGACAACCACAGGAGUAAUAAUAUUGAAUACUGAACAUUAUGUAUUCAUCUACAGACCCUUUUUUGACAAUUCUUCAAUCAGUACUGACAUUUUUGAUUUUGACAUUUUAACCUAGGAUAGGGAAUACAUUCCCAUGGCAAGUGGCUUGGAUAUGGCAGACACUCUCAACCAGAGAAUUAUCUCUUUAUACAACUGAGCAGUUGAGGGUUAAAGGCCUUUCUCAGGGCCCCAGCAGGGGCAUCCUGGUGGAGCUGGUAUUCUAAACGCAAAUUCUUCCUAUCAAGAGGAAGGUGAUAUCUUAGUGGUACCCCCUCCUCGAGGGGAGGUGGUAGCUCCUUUCUGAGGGGAGGUGGUAGCUCACUGAUUAAGGCAUUGGACUUUGGAUUAGAAGGUUAUCAAUUCCAACCCCCAGCACCACCAAGCUACCACUGCUGGGCAAGGCUUUUAACAAUGUUUUUAACCUUCAACUGAUCAGAUGUAAGUCUCUCUGGAUCAGGGCAUCUGCCAAUGCCAUAAGUGUAAAUGUAAGUCCAAUGUCUUAACCACUGACCUACCACUUCCUGUAUCUGGUGAAAUGAACUCACCAAUGCUAUUAUCAUGCACAGAACAUAGCAGUGUUUCUAAAACAAUCAACCUACCUAGCAAGGUUUCAGAUGUCUUCAGGCAGACCAACUGUUCAACAAGGCAGGGUUUGAAGGUGAACAUUUGAAGGUGGUGCUGUUAUGCAAACUCAGCAACUUUCUAAAUAGAAGUCCACCAUCUUAUAGAGCUACCACUUCCUUCAGUUGCUAGAUAAUUGUUGGUAAGCUAACCCAAACCCUACCUGAUUAUAUUCGCAAAAAAAUAAUUAAUCUGAAGGUUAACAUUUAAUUCGCACCGUUUUAAAUAAUAAACUGUUAUCACAUUAUAGUAACUGCUAAUAAAAAAAGUCUCUCCUUCUUGCACCUUUAGACGUUCAAGAAAGACUGUUUAUUAACCACAAUGUAUCAUGUUUUUUUAUUAUUAUUAUUAUUAUUCCAUUAUUAUUUAUCAUUGUUGUUUUGUUUGAAUCCUGAAUUAUGUUUCAUUUAACAUGAUCAAUCCUGUUUUACUUGAAUUUUUCAUUUGUGGGUUAAAGCAAUAGUGUUUAAGUAAUAACAGUUGUUUUGUAAAAAUAAUUUUGUUGUUUCUUAUUUAUUCGAUUGCACACGCAUUCAAAAGUGUUUUGGCGAAGCGUUACGCAAAUCCGAUCCUGUGUAACUUCAGGAUCAUAAAACUAAGAUGGACAACAUGUAAGAUUGUGAUUUUUUGAACAUCUCAUUUAACAUUUAGUCCACAUUUUGCUGUUAUAAUAACCUCCACACUUCUGGGAAGAUGUUCCAUCAGAUUUUGGAGUGUGCUGGUGGAGAUUCAGCCACAAGGUUGUUAGUAAAUUCAGGUAGUUAUGUAGGGUGAUGGAAGAACCAUUUAUGGGAAAGUCAGCUGUCCUGCUUUUGUCCAUAUUGUGUAUCUAUAAAACUCAAAAUUGCUCCAAAAUAUGGAAACUCUGAGAUUCUGAAAAUCCUCUUACCCUAUGUUAUGUUAGAUCGUAGCCCACAGCAGGGGGAAUUCUUUCACAUCACGUCUUUUUUAUUAUCAGUGGCUGCAAAACCAGGCUGAAAAUCUCACAGCCAGCUCGAAAAGCUCACUUCUAAAAGCCAAAGUCUUUCCCUAAGCAGAUAUUCUUAAUCCUCUCCUACACUUCAUUUGAAAACGCGAAAACUUGGAUGCAUCGCUGAAAAAAUCUCCUUCUUGAACCAUAUCAUAUUAUCAUAACCUGGCUCUGAUAACAAGCUAGCAUGCUAAAUAUUGAACGUGCUAACAAGUUAGCAUAUAUAAAUGGAAUAUAAAUAAUAAUAAAACCCUGAAGACAAUCAAAUGAUAGAUGUUUUUUUUUUUAAUAUUUAUAUAUAUAUUUGAACAAUUUAAGCGAGUGAAUGCAAUGCUUUCUGGGUAAUAUGGGCUCCUGAGGUAUACAAGAACAUUGACUCAAUCGUGCAUCCGGUGCUUAUGUUAGAUUGCUGAAGGGACACCAAGAGCUCAAGGAUUAAUGUUGAAGAUCAAUCACACCCCUGAUUAUUUCUUUUAGAAUGAAUCCACACAACAGACGGGUUUAUUGUGUUUAUUUAUUUCUUUUUUUCCAUGUCGGGAAAUUCCGAAUGUGCUAAUUGCAAUCAAAGAUCCGAUCAAAUAGGAUGAAUAUUUUCAGUGGACGUGUCGUGGAAUGUUAUUCUUCUGAAAUGAUGCCCAUUGUGCUACAGAGGUCCUUUUUAUUUUGUAAUUAGAGCAGUGUACUGAUAUUAUAUCGAAUAAAUUUGUUUCGUAAAUAUCCUCAAA